UGGAUCCAAUCCGGAUAUCAGUCUCGGGUGUAGGGACCCGUUUAGCCAGGGUCCGGAAAGGCAAAAAUGGUUCUUAUUCUCCGUUUCGUUCUUCCGCCUAACGCUCGCCCAUCUUGUCCGCCGUCGUCCGCUCAGAGCACCACCGUCCUCCGCCGCUGGGAGUGAGGACUUUCACCACUGAACCGGGAUAAACUCUCAUUUGUCAAAAUUAUACGCCCUAUCUUCAUUAGGUCACAGUUAGAGAAGUCAUUAGCCUACAUGUGUACUAUGCUGCUAUGUUGGAAAUACUAGCAGCUUAAAAAAUGACGGCAGCUGCAAGCCUGCAACCAUCAAGAUCGAGGAUCAUAUACUGUAGCAAAUGACUGGAGCAUUGGAUCAAAUGCACGAAUCAUCAAUCAGUAUGGACGACUUCGACAUUGAACUAGAUGAGAUGGAAUUAGUUGCAGUAGCUGCAGGUUACCAUUAUUAUAAUAGCCUUACAAGGCAGCCAGCUCGUAGCUUGUCACCAAAAGGAUCAGGUUUCAUGGCUGAUGUACUGAAUGGCUCUGAUGAUUUAUGUCGGGAAAUGUUUAGGAUGGACAAACAUGUCUUUCAUAAAUUGAGUGAUACUCUUCGACAGAGAGGCAUGCUACGUGACACAGCUGGUGUCAUGAUAGAGGAACAGUUGGCUAUUUUCCUGAAUAUUGUUGGUCACAAUGAGCGUAACCGAGUAAUACAAGAACGGUUUCAGCAUUCUGGAGAGACAAUUAGUAGGCACUUUAAUAAUGUAUUGAAAGCAAUUAAGUCUCUGUCCCGUGAGUUCCUUCAACCGCCAUCUCUCGCGACCCCAUCAGAGAUCCUCAAAAGCAAUAGAUUCUACCCAUACUUUGAGGACUGCGUUGGAGUUAUAGAUGGAAUGCAUAUUCCAGCACAUGUUCCAGCGAAAGAUCAGACCAGAUUUCGCAACAGAAGAGGCAUUUUAUCACAAAAUGUAUUGGUAGCCUGUACAUUUGAUCUCCAUUUCAUAUUUGUGUAUCCUGGUUGGGAAGGCUCAGUUGCCGAUUCACGUGUGCUAAGAGCCGUCCUCAGUGAUCCGGAUCAGAACUUCCCUAAAGUUCCUGAAGGUAAAUAUUACCUUGUUGAUCUGGGUUACGAUAACAUGGAUGGAUUUAUGGCUCCAUAUGAAGGAGUCCGGUAUUAUCUUCACGAAUAUCGAGGUGCUAAUCUCUUACCUAGGAAUGCUAAGGAACUAUUCAAUCACCGGCAUGCAUCUGUAAGCAACGCGAUCCAGAGAUCUUGUAAUGUUCUGAAGGAAAGAUUCCCGAUCCUGAAACUUGCCCCACAAUACGCUUUCCACACACAGAGGGACAUUGUUAUUGCUGCAUGUGUGAUACACAAUCACAUCCGGCGUGAGGAGGAGAACGAUUGGUUAUUCCAUAGCAAUGAAGUUGGGAUGGUCGAAGAAUCCCCUAUUCUUGACGAACAACCUGAUCUGCCAUCAGCUUUCUCCAUUCAUGAGCAGAUGGCAUCAGCACGACGAGACUCGAUUGCUGCAAGGAUGUGGAAUGACUUUAUGAAUAAGUGGGAUGAGUGGUAAUGAGCAGCAGUCCGUGUGUUGGAAACAGAUGAUCAAUCCCAACCCAUGUUCAUAGAAGAGGUAUGUUGUGUAAAUCAGUGCUCAUUGCUUUUCAGUGUUAAAGUUGCAUAUGGUUUUAGGUGGCACUUACUUUCUCUUUUCUUCUUUUGGUCAGGAAGAUGCUAGAUGUUCAUCCACUUUAUAAGCAUCUCAACUUUGUUUCCUUUAUAAUAGACUAAUUCACCAAGGCAUAUAUGUAUAUAUAUAAUCAACCGUAGAUCAACUGUAGAUCUUGAUGAUGUAAGGGCUGAAAAUGGUUUCUAAUUUAUAUUUUAAGCAGCGUUCUUAUUUUA